UCUGCGCAUGCGUAGAAGCAUUCCAGAGACUUCGCAGCACACACAUAAUCAACAUCCUCUCUCUACGUCGGCAGUACGUGGAAACAGUGGUUGUUUGAGAAGGUUAUCCACUCUGUGCAGACUGUCUGAGCUGCAGUCAUGGUGUGCAUCCCCUGUAUUGUGAUUCCUCUCCUGCUGUGGGUCUACAAGAGGUUCCUGGAGCCUUUCCUCUAUCCCAUCAUUUCACCGAUUAUCAAUACAUUCUGGACCAAAAAAGCAGUGCAGGAGACUGCGGCUAGUGACCAAAAAGUUAGCGAAAAGAGUAAUGGCACUUGCAAGCCUGAAAGCAACGGGGAGGCCACCGCCAAUGGAUCCACUAUAGCAGCAGACAAGAAGACAGAUUGACAGCUCUAAAUGAUUAUAACGCAUCUAAAGCAGUGUAAAUAUUCCAUAAGUAUAAUAUAGAGAAACUAUGAAUUAACUUAUACUACUUCUUUACGUGGAAUGGUUUUUAAUGAACUUACAUAUUAUCGUAUCUUGUUUUAAUGUCUUUUCAUUUAUAUUAGUCAUUUUGAGAAAAUAGUUAUUGUUGAUAUAUUUUCCUUUUUAAUCAUGAAUUGAUGUAUGCAUUUACUAUGUUGAUUAUUCACCCUCAAAAGAAUAAUUUUUUAAGUCAAACUUCGGUUUAGUAAAUGAAUAAAAGAAAAGCUUCAAAUAAGAAAAAGAAU